AUGCAUAUCUGGGUUGGAGACAUUCAUGAAUAUGUAUCAUCCGAUACUGAAUUGAAUUUUAGCAAUGGAAUGGUACCAAUCGUUUUGGGUGCCUACAGAGAGGACUACGAGAAUGUUCUUCCACCUCAUUCCUACAUCAACGUGGAUGACUUUGACUCUAUUCAGGAACUUGCUGAGUACCUUCAGUUCUUGGACAAGAAUGACACUGCUUACGCACAAUAUUUUGCUUGGACUAAACAUGGUCGAAUUAUCAAGUUGAACAGACCUGAUUGCCGACUUUGUGGAGUUAUGCGAAAUAUUAACGAAGGAAAUAUGUUACUCCGAAAACCAGAUCCUAAACUAUUUACAGAUCCAGGUCAUCUGUGUUUCGAUCGACCCUUACUUCCACUCAAGUCGAAAUCUCCUGUUGUACAAAAUUUAACUCAUCUCUUUUCAUCCCUACCAGUCAUCACCUAA